UUACUUUAUUUAUUUAUUUUUCACUAUUUAUUUUGUAUGGGAGUAGAAUAUAACUAUGUCAUCACUUAUUUUGUACAAUUUUUUAUAUAAUUUUUAAAUAUAUAAGUUUUAUAUUAAAACUUUAUACUUAAUACGGAGUAGUAAACACACGGGAGCAUAAGUGGAUGUAUUGUUGGAAUUGAAAUCUUUUGUAAAGAAUUUUUUUUAAUUAUAAAUAUGAGUAAAAUAAGACUCUACUUUUGUGACAUUAUUUUAUGUUAUUGUCAUUGAACUCGGACCUAACGAGAUAAGUUUGUGAUAGAUUAUUGAAUAAACGGAUUAAAGUUUGAGAUUAUUUAAAAAACGAGUUAAAAUUUGAAUUAUGAUUGAUCAAUAAACCAGGGAGUCCAACAAAUAAAUGGGUUGGUCGAUUCUAUGCUAGUAUGACUCAAGAUUAGAUUGCUAUCCGGAAAUGAAUCAGAAUUAAUUUUUGACAGUUUUUGACCUUUUUUUGACGGAAUGAAUCAAAUAGUACCGCCGUAGAUUUUUGUCAUCAUACCGUAACCGUCUCUGCGCCCAGCUUUAUUUCAUUUCACAGCCCAGCCCACGCCAGACCACACCACUCUCUCCUUCUCUCAUCUUCUUUGGGUUUUGGGUUUUGUCCUUUCCUCUGCAUCCGCCUGCAAAUCGGCGAUGGCGAACCCAAGGUGCUUCCUGGACAUAAGCAUUGGGGGAGAGCUGCAAGGCAGGAUUGUUGUUGAGCUUUACAAGAAUGUCGUUCCCAAAACCGCCGAGAACUUCCGUGCUCUCUGUACCGGCGAGCGCGGCGUCAGCCCUCACACCGGCGUAGCCCUCCAUUACAAGGGAACUUGCUUCCAUCGUAUCAUGAGAGGGUCAAUGAUACAGGGCGGCGAUGUUUCCGCCGGGAACGAAACCGGCGGAGAGUCCAUUUACGGGCCGACAUUUGAAGACGAGAACUUCGAGCUGAAACACGACCGGAAAGGGACGGUGUCCAUGGCCAAUGCUGGCCCAGACACGAAUGGCUCUCAGUUCUUCAUUUCCACAACCCAACAGUCUCAUCUCAACGGGAAGAACGUGGUGUUUGGGAAGGUGGUGAGAGGACUGGGGUUGGUCCGGAAUAUCGAACGGGUGCCCGUUGGGGAAAUGGGCUGUCCAGAUCUUGAGGUGUGCAUCGUGGAUUGCGGCGAAAUCCCAGAAGGGGAGGACGAUGGGACGUGUAACUAUUUCAAAGAUGGUGACACUUUUCCUGACUGGCCACUCGAUCUUGAUGUGAAACCAGAUGAUGUUUCUUGGUGGAUUUCUACUACUGGAAGUAUCAAGGAUUUUGGGAAUGCACACUUCAAGAAACAAGACUAUAAAAUGGCUAUAAGAAAGUACUACAAGGCUAUACGAUACUUGGACAUUUGCUGGGAGAAGAGUGGGAUUGAUGAAGUGAGUGCCGAGUUCUUGAGGAAAAUGAGGUCCAACAUAUUCUCAAAUUGCUCUGCAUGUAAAUGUAAGCUUGGAGAUUUUGAAGGAGCACUGUUCGACGCUAACUCUUCCAUUUCUGAUGUUAAGGACAACCCAAAAGCUUUUUAUCGCCAAGGGCAGGCAUACGUGGGGCUGAAGGCCAUAGAUGCAGCAGCUGAGAGCUUUACCAAAGCUUUGGAGUUGGAGCCCAACGACAGUGGUAUAAAGAAGGAGCUUGCUGCUGUGAGGAAGAAGAUUACUGAUAGACAAAAUCAGGAGAGGAAAGGGUACUCGAAAAUGUUCCAGUAGCUUCAUUCCUCAAUGAUGGUAAGGCUGUUAUCCCAAAAUCUGUCUUUUCUGGUUUUGCGAAUGUUCAAAUGCCAAUGCUUGAACGGAAAUUUUUGACUGAACCUAAAGCUGCAAGGGGUGGAGUAAGUUGAUUACGCGAUGUUGCAAAUUUAAGAAGACUUGUUUUUUUUGUUAAAUAUCAUCAUCACCCCACCCCCUGUGUGUAUUUUUGCAUACACUUCUGCUUUCAUCCAACAUUUUUCUUUUG